CUUGUACCUCGACAAAGGUGGUCGGACACACAACAGACAUGGAACAAAGGCACGAAUAUCAGCGAACGGCGUCACAGUCCACAGUGGGAUACUCACCACUGCCGGAGCCAAAUCAGGAGCCACUCCCACGACGGCAACUACCAUAUCAACGGCCAGCCAGCUGCUGCAUCCGUGAUAUGCGCAAUCAGCCACAAGCAAAUGCCUUGGGUGCCGCUGCUUUAAUCUUCCUGUCGGGUGGCAUGAACAUAGCCUGGAGUAUUGGCUUCGACAGCCUUGCGGACGAAUUGGUGAUCAGUACGCAUCUACGCAUCUCGUGGUUCAUCGGCGCCAUCAUCGGGUCUCUACUUGGCAUUGUCGUUGCCAGGUACCUCACCUACAAAUUGCUCAUGCAACUCAGCUGCCUGCUCACAAUCAUUGGCGGUAUUCUUUUCACUGCGACACAGCUGCAAGUUGAGGCUAUGUUGGCUGCACGUUACCUUAAUGGCCUAGCAAAUGGGUUCGCGUUACCGUCCACGCUGGCCAUAGCCGGUGAGUUGGCAGUGUGUUAUAAACGGGGAACCCUGGCCUCCGUCACGGAGCAAAUGUCCUGCACUUUGGGCAUAUUCAUGCAGAUCGUUUUCAGCGUCAGCUUGAGCACGGACUCUGACCUGUCUGUGGACAAGCUGCAGGGCGUGCUAUGUACCAUUUAUGGUGCCACUGCAUUGUGCCUGGCCACCAUAUUCAUUGUAGAGUCACCAGUCCGUCUGCUGACUCAGGGCGAGCAGGAGCUGGCCAUCGAUGCUAUAAUCCGCCUGCAGUAUCCCAGAGCUGUCACGGCAGAGACUAACGAUCAGCUGACUGAGCACACUUCUUAUAUCACUCAUAACAGGACACUGAGCGCUAGUCAGGCCUGGUGUCAGGCACUGCCUGCCUUAUUGCGCCUCUGUCUGCUCCGGGCCCUCUAUGCCAUGAGCACGAGCAUGUUGGUCAUCUUUACGCUUACAUUGACCAGCAGCAGCGUCUAUGGCCUAAGCAACGGUCCCUACGUGCUUUUUGGACUGCUACGUUUGGCCGGCAGCUGCAGCGGUGCCUUUGUUCAGGAUACGCUUGGCCGCAAGCUAACCCAACUGAUUGGCUUCAUGAUCUGUGGUGGUGCGUCCAUUGGCCUGGCCAGCAGGUUUACGGAUGUGGAGUUUUUGCGGCUUCCAGACUUGAAGACGGCUUUGUGGCUUUUGCUAAUGUUCCAAUUCUUUGCUGGACUUGGCUUUGCACCUAGUUCUGUCUACCUAUCGGAGGCCUUUCCGCUCUCUGUAAAGCGUAUGUGCAUCUCAAUUGCUUAUAUUUUGGAGUUGACUGUACAUAUGUCUAUCUGCAACGUGGAUCCCAGCGUGCACAUUGAUGGCGUCUAUUUCUACGGUCUGGGUGUGUUCAUGCUGCUCGGCUUCUUAUUUAGCCAUUGGUAUCUGCCAGAGACAAAGUUCUUGACGCUACGUCAAGCACAACAAAAGUUUCGGGACUUCUCGUGACCAGCCCAGAAGUAGGCGCGCCAAGACUUUAUAUCAUUUAAUGUUAGCUAAAUUUAGACAAAUACCUUAGCUAUAUAAACAAUAUUUUUUGUACAUACAUUUUUAUAUUAAACGACUGAUAACCAAUUAUAUCAGCAAGCUUUCAA